UGGCGCCAUAAAUCCUUGCCUGGCCAACUUUAAUCUAAUAUCAGAAGCGAGCAAUAGUUAAACUAGCAAAUCAUCUGAAGCCAUGGCGCCGAUCCCGAAGAACAUCAUCAUCACCGGAGCCGGUGGCUUCAUCGGCCCCCUCCUCGCGGCCCGCCUGCUCAACGAUCCGGAGUACAGGCUCAUCCUCACAGACCUUAACGAGGCCACCGUCCCGGCCGGCGUCAAGUAUCCCCAGAAUGCGACUGUCAUGACGGGCGAUAUCUGCGACCCGGCUUUCGUCUCGUCGCUACUCGAGGCCGCAAGACCGCUCUCAGCUAUCUUCAUCUUCCACGGCAUCAUGUCCGCCGGCUCCGAAGCGAACUGGGACCUCUCUCUCCGCGUCAACGUCGACAGCGUGCGAGGCUUACUCCUCGCGCUAAAAUCAACGUACCCAGGCGUACGAACAAUCUACUCAAGCUCGCAAGCCGUCUACGGCCAACCUCUCCCGUCAGGCCCCAUCUCCGACGCCGUAACCCCUACUCCCGAGGGCACGUACGGCGCGCACAAGCUGAUGACCGAGAUCUUCCUAAACGACCUGCACCGGCGGGGUUUCCUAGACGUGAUCAGCCUGCGUUUUCCCACGAUAUCCGUGCGCGCGGGCCGGCCGACCAACGCCGCGUCCUCGUUCCUGUCGGGCAUCGUGCGGGAGCCGAUGGCGGGGCAGCCGUGCGUCGUGCCGCUGCGCGACCGGUCCUUCCGGUCGUUCAUGAGCUCGCCGCUCACGCUGCAAGAGAACCUGGUGCGCGUGCUGAACAUGGACGGCGCGAAGCUGCCGCGCCACAUCCGCCAUAUCAAUGUCCCCGGGAUCUCGGUCUCCAUCCAGGAGCUGAUGGACGCGCUGGCCAAGUACGGCGGCGAGGAUAGGUUGAAGUAUAUCAAGGAGGAGAACGACCCGGAGACGGAGAGGAUAGUGAGGAGCUGGGCGCCGGACCUCGAUACGACUACGCCGCUGAGGCUGGGGCUGAUCAAGGAUGAGAGCGCGGAUGCGAUUGUGAAGCAGUACGUUGAUUCAUUGAAGGCGUGAUUAUUGUAGUAUUUAGAGGUUUAGGUAUCAAUCAUAGUCAGUACCAAC